CCCCGAGCUUGGGCGGAGAGGGAGGAAAACUUCUUCCUGGCCUGGGCCCCGGGCCGCGCUCGUCUGCCAACAUCCAAUCCCGCCUGCCGGUGCCCGGCGCCUCCCCACCCCUCCCCCGGCUCCCCAGUGUCCGCCAUGGCCAAAGCCUACGACCACCUCUUCAAGUUGCUGCUGAUCGGGGACUCGGGGGUGGGCAAGACUUGUCUGAUCAUUCGCUUUGCAGAGGACAACUUCAACAACACUUACAUCUCCACCAUCGGAAUUGAUUUCAAGAUUCGCACUGUGGAUAUAGAGGGAAAGAAGAUCAAACUGCAAGUCUGGGACACUGCUGGCCAAGAGCGAUUCAAGACGAUAACUACCGCCUAUUAUCGUGGAGCCAUGGGCAUCAUCCUAGUAUAUGACAUCACAGAUGAGAAAUCCUUCGAAAAUAUUCAGAACUGGAUGAAAAGCAUCAAAGAGAAUGCCUCAGCUGGAGUGGAGCGCCUUUUGCUGGGGAACAAGUGUGACAUGGAGGCCAAGAGGAAGGUACAGAAGGAGCAGGCUGACAAGUUGGCUCGGGAACAUGGAAUCCGGUUUUUUGAGACAAGUGCCAAAUCCAGUAUGAAUGUGGAUGAGGCCUUUAGUUCCCUGGCGCGGGACAUCUUGCUCAAGUCAGCAGGCCGGAGAUCGGGAAACAGCAACAAGCUCUCCAGUUCUGAGUUGAAAACUUGUAACAAGAAGAACACCAGCAAGUGCUCCCUGGUCUGAAGACUUCUUUCUGCCUCCCUAUCCAUGGAGGUUAAAUCUGAGGGAGGCAGAGCUGAGGGCCUGGGCAGAUAGUCUUGGAGUGAUAAAAAUGGAUAGAUGGUGGAAGAAUGGGGGAAAAGUAGAGAAGAAAAAAGGAAGGAGAAGGAAGGAGAGGCCAGAAGGGAAAGAACUGAGGAAGUGAAAGAAGGUGAGAAGGAGGUCGGAAGAGAGGGAGGAAAAGGAAGGAGAGAUAGCCUUGGACCUCAGACUUUCCCUGGGUUUCCAGGACAGGCACAAAUGUAAAUAAAUAAUUGACUUGUUUUGUUACUGGAUUAAGUUUUAGGGUCCUGUGAGAGGCUGGCUCAGCACCACCCUCUGAAGGCUUGGUCCUGUACUGUCACUCUGCAUGGUCUUUCCAGUAUUAAAGGCCGCCAUUUGCACAACUGUUCCGGGUUUGGGUAAUUUUCAUCAUUGUUGGAAUUGUUCUCUACUCAAAACCUAACUCUUGCCUGAGGCAGUUGCCUGCCUGAAUGGAGCCAGUUCCCAUGACACCAGGACUAGUCCUUCAAGUAUCCCUACCCCCUCUGUUUGAGGAGGAAAACAGCAAAGAGCAGAGGUGGGGCAAUCUGAGGGUCUGGACAUUAUGGGGCUCCACAGCCCCUCCUAGGCAGAGCCUUGUCCUGACAGGAGAAGGAUUCUUUCUUGGGCCUCCCCUGGGGCUGACAGACAUAGACUCAAGGAAA